GCAUAACACUGGUGAAAGCAAAAAGCAUCAUUCUCAUAGAAAUCGCGGAUAUUCUUUUAUUUUUAAUAAUCUAGUCAUCAUUUCUCUUCGAAAACUUUGCUUAAAUCGGAUGGAAAAGCCUCAAUUGGAAGCUCGCGUCCAGUUGUUGGAGCAGCAAAAGCAGCAAUUGGAAAAGAAUCUGCAAGAGGCGGUGUCAAAACUCAAAAAUCCUGACGCCAAGUACACAGUUCAAAGGCAUAUAGAUUUAUUGCACACUUACAAUGAAAUCCGAGAUGUAGCUCUGGAAAUGAUUGGCAAGGUUGCCGAACAAGAAAAAUGUACAAGUAUUGAGUUGUUUGAGAGAUUUGGCGUGGACGGGGCCGAGUAGAGGGUUUGCGGCUUUUGAGAUGAAGACAAAUCAAUGACUAUGAGCGACUGCUCGAUUUCUUCUUUUGUUUUUCAUAUGCAAACUCUUCAAUUCGUUCAUUUUCUCUCUACACAUUCUCUCUCUUUUCGUAAUGGAAGCUAUUUGUUUCCUUUCUUUUUCUCUCUUUUCACUUUCAUGGAAUGAUCUUCGAGUCUUGUCAUAUCUUAUAUAUUAUACAUUACACAAAUAAUCUAACCGCUACUGGAGUCAUCAGAAGAAGAUAAAAGUUUACUCAUGUGCGAAACGUCCUCUGUGUUCGCGAUAGAUUCUAACUUGAUCAGUUGAUGCGACCAAAAAUCUCGAUGCUGCUCGAUCGGGCCAGCUAGUUUUUCGUAUCGUUUUUCGAGAUACAUAACGCGUUCAUCUACUUCGCGUGAAGGUAGAAUAGGUGAUGCCUGCGUGACGGAAUGAAGGGAAGUUUGUAGUCCGGCCAAUUGGUCCAACAAAAAGUCGGUUGUUUCUGGUAAAGUAAUUCGUUGCUCUUUUGGGAUGUUGGAAAGAAAAGAAAGUGUUUCUAACUGUCGUUCCAAUUGUUGCCGCCGUUCCUCACUUGUUCGUAGCCGCAUUCUUAGGGAGUGACGAGCUUUGAGUUUCUCUGUGAGUACUUGAGCAGCCUCUUCUAUUUCUUGGUCAAUGGUAGCAUCCUUUUCCGCUGUCACUGUGUAGUCCGCUGUUUGCCCUUCUAGGCGGAGGUAACCCUUCAGUUCUGGGGGAUAAUGGAAAAUGUUUCUUAAAACAUAUAUUUCAAACCUAUCGUAAUAUCGAUCAACGAUACUCUCAAAUAAGAUUUCAAACUUGUGUAAUCCUUCUUCAAUUUCUUUCGGG